UUUGAGUGGAAUACAGACCCGAAUGAGACCACAACUAAAGGUAUUUGGUUUUCACAACCAUUUAUUGUCCGCAAAACCGGUGGCGAAGAAGUGGCCAUUAUUUUGGUGGACACACAGGGCUUGGGUGGAGACGACUGCACACCGCAGGACAUGUCAACCAUUGUUGGCCUCAGUCUUCUCAGCGCUUCCACUCUUAUAUUCAAUGUUAAGGAUGGACUCAGAGAUCAUGUGUUAAGAGAUGUACACUCGUAUAUCGACCACUGCCUACAGGCCGUGGAGACCAGCGCCGGUAGUGUUGGCUAUCCCGGAAGCGAAGGCUACGAUCGCAAAACUUUUCAAGACUUGUUAUUUGUGAUCAGAGACUGGAGACGACCGGUGCCACCACUAGUGUACGGUCUGGACGCCGGACAACAGUAUUUAAACACACGCCUCGAGACAAAAGCCCCGCAACGCAAGUCGGCCCGCAAUACCCGUCAGUUUAUACGUCAGUGUUUUGCUAAUAUUCAGUGCUAUUUAAUGCCCGAUCCGGGAGUGAACGCCCGGAGCCAAGAGUUUAAGGGCUGUCCCAAUGAACUGACCGAUGAGUUUAAUGCAAAUUUGAGAAAUUUUUGUGAUUUCCUCGUAAAUCCCGAUACGAUUAAUGUUAAGACAAUUAAUGGCCGACCGAUCACUGGACACGAGUUUGGCCAACAUUUCGAGGACUAUGUAAACAUGUUUAACAGCAUAUCUGGUGCCCGUGAUCGUGGUGAGGCCAACCCUCAGACAUGCGAUAUUAUUUUGAUUAAUCAGCUUAAGGACAAAUACACAACAGAGAUGUCGGCUCUAAUGGCGACGGGUAUCUGCGGGCGCCGACUACUGACCACUCAGUCAACCGAUUUAAUACAAUCGUUGAAAUCAGAGUUUCUUAAGCGGUCGACCGCCGAGUCUGUGGUCCGGGAACUGACGGAUCAGUUGUCCCGCACUCUGGAGACGGCAUUUAAACAGAAGGACGAAGAGAAUGAGAACCGACGGCUCACACAAACCAACGCUAAAAUUACUGAAUUGGUCGCAGAGUUUAAGCGCGAUAUUGGCGGCCAUAUUAGGCCCGGAGACUACCUGUCCGAUCACACUCUGGGUAAAAUUAUUGACACAAAACGGGAGCAUACGGUCAAUCUGUUUGACGUGUUUGCCAGAGAUGACCCGGAUCUGUUCGCCGAACACAAACAUCGAUUAUUAACUCAAUUGAAAAGCGAGGGAAAUGUGUUUAAGUGUAAUAACAGUCGAGCCAUACAGGAGUUGAACACCCGAUACGAGACCAUUACCACAUCAUUCAUGAAUAAAUUCGAUGAGAAAAUGAAUGAGUUGUUUAUCGAUGAAAAUAAGUACUACACCGAAAAACACCUGGACACGUUGAGCGCCACCAUAUUAGCCGCAUUAGUCCGAGAGUUAAACCAGAUCGAUGUGGGCACAGAAUUGGUGCCCAUUGAGCCCUACAGACAGGCACUGACCAGACAUGUUAAGAGCAAAUAUAGUAACUAUCGACAAAUGAACAGUAAGCGCGCCGAUCAGGACAAGACUGUAAUGACUACAGUCCUAAACAAUCUGAACAAACUAUACGAAGAAGCGUUGGACGCGUGGAUACAAUGCACGGACACUGACGACAGGCAACGGUUUCUGGACGAGAGUCGACUCAUCCGCACAAGCAUUGUGUCCGAUAACAUACCCAUAUAUGGACAACGGCUGAACCUCCUGGAGCUGAACGCACUGUUCGACACCACUGAACACAAUAUGGGGUAUAUAUUCGCACAGGAAGUGGACGCCAGAUGUACAGUAAAAGACGACUUAGUGGUGAACCGAGCGAUGCAAUGGUAUAACCGGGAGAUGACGAAAGAGUACGGCGACCGGUCGUACAUACGGCGCGACCGGUUGCGCACUAUUCAUGAGAAACUGUUGGCCGUCGCUGCGGAUCUAUUCCAAAAGGACCAAGCUCACAGAACGCCCGAUGAGUUUAAAGAACUAAUGGCAGAUAAACUAAAGACAGUCUACGAUAUGGUGGUCAACGAAAAUAACCGCAACGCACCCACAGUGCCGGCCAUUGGCAUAGAUUUGGGCACAACCAACAGCUGUGUGGCCUAUUAUAGACCGGGCAGUUCGGGUCAACCGGGGAAGAUUAUAGUGUGCCGUAACACCGAGUCUAACACCGAUGUGACCCCGAGUUGUGUUGAGUACGGAGACUACGGGGAGGUAGUGGUGGGCGAGAAAGCGAUGAAUAACUUAUUAGCCAAUCCUCGGAAUACUAUUUAUUCGGCCAAACGUAUGAUUGGCCGCAAGUUUAACGACCCGUACGUUACCAGAUAUAGAGAGUACUGGCCUUUCCGUGUCGUCAAUAUAGACAACUACGCCGGCGUUGAGGUGGAAGUGGACGGCGAGUCGCGACAACUGUUGCCCGAAGAGGUGUCGGCCAAAGUGUUGAGCAAAAUGAAAUCCGUAGCCGAGCGUGACUUAGGACACCCCGUAAUCGAUGCUGUCAUUACAGUUCCCGCAUAUUUCACUGACGCCCAGCGCGAGGCCACCCGAAGCGCCGGUAUUAUGGCCGGUCUUAAUGUAUUAUCUAUUAUUAAUGAGCCCACGGCUGCCGCCCUCGUAUAUAAACUCGAUCGAUUUGAAGAUACCAGCACCAGGACCGUGUUGGUGUAUCACUUUGGCCGGGAGUUUCAUGUGUCCAUAUUGCGCGUGUCGAUGGGUGAGGUACACGUACUGGCAGUAAACGGCGACGACUACUUGGGCGGCGAUUAUAUCGACCAAAUUAUUAUUGAACAUUGUUUGAGUGAGUUUUACUCACAGACGGGUGUUCUGGUGGACCGGGAGUCAUGUGAGGGCAAGCGGGGGAUGAGAGCACUCCGGGACCGAUGCCAACGUGAGAAGUGGCGUCUGUCCGAAGUGACCACCGCUACCAUUGCUGUGGACAACAUCGCCGACGGCCGCGAUCUGUCGGUGGAGUUGACUCGACAACGCUUUGAGAUGUUGAACAAACCUCUGUUUGAACGUACGAUAGAUUGUGUGACCCGUACUCUGAUGAUUGUCAACGAUGGCGCCGGUAUGACACCCGACCAGAUCGACGAUAUAGUACUGGUCGGCGGCUCGACGUAUAUUCCGUACGUCAGGAAUAUGAUCAAAGAGUACUUCAAUGGCCGCCAACCGUUACAGUCUGGAAACCCUAUGUACGCCGUGGCUGCGGGCGCGGCACUACAGGCGGCGAUUCUGAACGGCAAUAACGCCCAACGGCUCCGACACUUGCAGGUACAGGACGUGACGCCAUACACUCUGGGCAUAAAAUCUGUGGGCAAUGUGAUGAGCGCUAUCAUACCGGCCCAAACUCCGGUGGAUGGCAUUCCCCGCAACAAAGUAUACCCAACUCGAAGGGACAAUCAAACCGAGAUCGAGGUAGAGGUGUAUGAGGGCGAGGACGCGGUGGCCACCAAUAACACCCUUCUGGGAAAGUUUGUAGUGACGGGUAUACCCCCGGACCGGGCGGGCAAACAAAAGGUGUCAGUUGAGUUUUGCGUCAAUGAUGAGGGCAUAUUGAAGGUCAGGGCUGUUGUGCUCACAACGGGUGUGACCCACGAGUUUGCAGUGAACGAACAUAAAGGCCGCCUAUCAAUGGAAGAGUUGCUCCGCCGCCGCCUUCACUGA